AUGUUACUUGGAGGUGGCUCGCAGCAGUAUCGAAGGAUGUACGAAUAUGCGAUGACGGCCAUGAGACGAAAUAUCUUUUAUCGCCCGAUGACGACGGAGAAUUUGGAUAUUCUUUUUGCUGGGAAAGUCGAUACUGAUGGUAAGACACCAGUUGAAGACCUUGUAACGGAACCACGAGCUAAGCAUCUCGAAUGCUUUGCUGGAGGGAUGGUUGCUACAGGCGCAAAGAUCUUUGGCAAUGAUGCAGAUUUGGAAAUUGGUGGACAAUUGAUUGAAGGCUGUCUUUGGGCAAAUGAGGUUAUGCCACCGGACAUUAUGCCUGAGAUCAUCCAUACGGUGCCCUGUGAAAACAAGAGCAAUUGUACUUGGCAGGAUAAGAAAUGGUAUGAUGCUGUCAAUGCCAGUCAUAACGGUUCAGAGACCGUGGAGGAGAAAAUAAAAAUGCAUGGACUUGCAGCUGGCAUCGCCAAAGUCGACGGCGCAAGGUAUAUGCUUCGGUGAGCAUUUUCCUUCUUGGGUUGUAGUGGAUAGACAUAAAAUAACGACAGCAGAUCCGAGGCCAUACAAUCUCUCUUCAUUCUCUAUCGCAUGACUGGCGAUCCAAAGCUGCGCGACCGAGCGUGGAAUAUGUUCAACACUAUCACGAAGCAUACCACUGAUAUCGCACACGUAGAUUUAAAUGACGUUACGAUCCUCAGCCCAUCGAAAGCCGACCGAAUGGAACCAUUCUGGAUGGCUGAGACGCUCAAGUACUUCUAUCUCAUAUUUGAGGACCCGAGUAUUGUCAGUUUGGAUGAUUAUGUUUUCAACCCUGCGGCACAUCCCAUGAGAAGACCGGAUUGAAUGGAUAUUUGUUGCUAGAUGUACAAUAAGAGAAGUGGCCAUUUUGGCUGAGCGGUGUAUGGUACAUACUCGGUCUGAAGACUUUGAGAAGCCAUCCGACCACGCUAGACUGGAGUAUUUCAGCUUGGAGGACGAACGACUCGAGCUUGAAAGCCGAGGAUAAGGAGAGGUGAGAAUAUCACAAGAUACCGAGUGAGUUUGAGAGAGCAGAUGCGACGACAUUGAGCUGCAGGAGAGAAGAAGCAUAUGUAGCAAGAGACAAGUAGCAAAGAAUUAAGUAACUAUCAAAAAGAAAAUGUGCCAACGCUCGCGAAAACCUCAGGGACGAAGUAACAGAGACCUCAGGAGUCCUGCGUAGUCGCAUACAUAUGGAACGAAUUUGAACAGACUGAAGGCAACAUUGCUUUAGAUUCUUGACGCAUGAUGUAUCAAAAGACACGAGAGCGAUUGAAAGGGUUCCAUACAAGAUAUCAAAUGUCGUUUGAGAAA